CAACAACCAUGCUCACUCUCAGCUCUCCUUUCGCCGCGGCCUUCGCCGCGCCCGGCCUUGCCGCCGCCUCGCUGCGCACGCGCCCGGCGCUCAUGCAGGAGGCCGCCGUUGCCGAGCCAGAGCCAGUCGCGCCGCCGCCGUUCGACCCCAAGGCGUUCGCCCAGACCCUGCCCGGCAUCACCGCGCCGUUCGGCUUCUUCGACCCGGCCGGCUUCUGCUCCUCGGAUGGCGCCUCCAACGAGCAGGUCUCCGAGGGCAAGGUCCGCUUCUACCGCGAGGUGGAGCUCAAGCACGGCCGCGUCGCCAUGCUCGCGGCGCUCGGCUUCCCGGUCGCGGAGCAGUUCCACCCCUUGUUCGCGACUGACGACGCGCCCAGCUUCUCCGCCUUCCAGCAGACGCCGCUGCAGACCUUCUGGCCGGUGGUCGUGGGCGUCAUCGCUGUGAUCGAGGUCUUCUCAGUCUUCACAUUCGAGAACCCGGCGAGCCGCGACGCGGACGGCAACCCCGCGCAGCCGUGGACCAUCAAGAAGGACCACGUCGCGGGCGACCUCGGCUUCGACCCGCUCGGCCUCAAGCCGACGGACGCCGCCGGCCUCGCCGAGAUGCAGACCAAGGAGCUCAACAACGGGCGCCUCGCCAUGAUCGCCAUCGCCGGAAUGGUGGUCCAGGAGGGCAUCACGGGCUCCAAGCUCUUCUGAGCGCGUGCUCAACCGGCCUCUUCGCUCUGGAGCGGGUGCGACGCGUGUGUCCCCGCCCGGCGCUAACCGCCCGCGGCUCGGCUGCUGACGCGCCCUCGAGAGCCCGCGAUCUAUUUCCAUGUCGUGUGUUUGUGUCCUUGUUCGUACACCUACGCUCCGUGUUUGCC